GUAAAGCGCGGGGGAUUAUGGUUAGUCAGCGGAAGUAAGAUGGCGGAGGAGACAGCUGAGGAUAAACCUGCUGUUGCUCCUCCAGUAUUUGUGUUUCAGAAGGACAAAGCACAAAAGAGGUCAGCAGAGGAGUCCAGUACAGAGGAUGGGGAAGACUCAGAUAAAGAAGAUGGCAGUUACAGCCCUGCUGCCAAAAGAGGCCGAACGUCACCAUUUACACAGUUCCCACCAACUCAUUCCGUGUCUAAGAAUAAUGUUUUCAUGCCAUCCAGUCUCUGUCAGUCACCAACUGAAAACUCAGACUCUGAACCUGAAGAGAAGACUGUGGGGUUUCGCCUGAAGCCCCCGACUCUGAUCCACGGCCAGGCUCCGAGUGCUGGUGUCCCCAGUCCAAAACCCAAAGAAGCCCAGCGGAGCAUCCUGAGGCCUCCCGUCCUGCAGCCCCCUCCGGUCAAAAGCCCCCCUCAGAACAACAUAAGCAGCAACAGUUCAAAUGGAGUGAAAAAGCUCUCAGAUGGAGGAACAGAAUGUGAAGGUCACUCAGAGGCAUCCGCUGCUGGCACUCAGGAAAAUUCGGAGUCAUUGGACAAGAGCACUUUGGAGCCCGAAACAGAUGACAAACCAGAGCAACACGGUGCCCAGAUUGAUGCCAGUUUUGUAUUUGGAGAGAAUAUGAGGGACAGAGCAAAGGUGGGAAACAGUUUGGACUCCUCACAGAAAGCCGAUGGCCUUCAGACAGAAAAUUCUGGGGAAACUAACUACUUCUUGCAGUGCAUCACUCCCAGCGCACAAAAACCUGACAGCAGCAAUGCCAACAGUGUGAAGUUUGUCUUUGGACAGAACAUGUUGGAUCGCGUUGUGGCUCUGCCGAAAUUCACCACCGAUGCACCAGGAGGCAGUAGAGAGUCGGGUUCAGAGAUGGGCCUGUUCAGCCAGCUUUCAUCUACACAAGAGCAAACUGUGGAGAAGAGUGACAAUAUGAAAGAAUCUCUGGAGGAGUCAGCGGCGAGACACGAAGCACACAAGCCACAGAAGUGUUUGCUAGAGCGAGUGGAGGUCCGGACAGGAGAGGAGUCUGAGAGCAAUGUGCUGCAGAUGCAGUGUAAAUUGUUCGUGUUUGAGAUGUUGUCUCAGUCGUGGGUGGAGAGAGGAUGUGGAGUUCUCAGACUCAAUGACAAGACAUCCACCGAUGACGGCACUCUACAGUCCAGAUUGGUCAUGCGGACUCAAGGAAGUCUUCGAGUGAUCCUCAACACUAAGCUCUGGCCUCAGAUGCAGGUGGAUAAAGCCAGUGAGAAGAGUCUCCGGAUAACAGCGAUAGACACCGAGGAGCAGGGUGUCAAAGUCUUCCUCAUAUCUUCCAGCUCUAAGGACGCUGCCCAGCUGUUUGCGGCCCUGCAUCAUCGCAUCCUUGCGCUGAGGAGCAUCAGCGGGCAGGAGUCUGACGGUCAGCCUGCGCUUCCUGACGGAGAGAUCAUUCGCUUCAGUGAUGACGACGAGUCCCGCACGCCUCCCACUGCGGCUACACCUGCUCCAGGUAACUCAGAGGCAGGUGUGUGUUCAUCCACAGGCGACACAUAGUGCUGAGUCUGUGGUUGAUUUCUAUUCCACAAUGCCUCACUUGCAGCCCUCUGGUUAGCUCAAAUACUAUGCAGGUGUUUCUUUCUUCUUCAAACUCCUUCAGGUUUACUCUAGUCAUGUGUUCAGCUGGUUUUAUUUAUUGCAUUUUAACAGCAAAAAAAAAAGCGCAUCUUUCAGACUGGACACAUAACCUUCUCAAUAUCAUCAUAUUGAUGAAAAUGACUUUCUCUUAGCGUUUUAGUGAACAGAUUUUUCAUUCUACACACAAUAACUCGUUUAUGUGAGACUUAAUUAUUCCAUGCCCUCCUGAGUGGAAACAGGACAGAGUGAGUUAACAGAAACCAAUAUGUGUGUGUGUGUGUGUAUGUUCUUCCAUCUCCACAUCCGUUCCAGUUCUGCUCAGUUUCAGCUGCUAAACUGUUUAAUAGCAUCCCUUAAUCCUCACUUUAGAUCUCAGUGUAACUUCAGGGGAAAGUUCAUCCAACAAUGAGAAUGUUUACAUGGACACCUAUAAUCCGAUUUUAAUAUGAUUAAGACAAUACUUUGAUUAAGAGUCUAUUAUGCAAGCAGCGAUUUUAAUCCGACUAAAGUCAUAAUUAAACUAAACAGAAGUGGAAUUAUGACACAUGGAUUAUGCCGAUUUUAGUCGCAUUAUUGAAGUGCGGUACAGACAUGUAUACACUUUAAUCAAACUAUUGUCGUCAUGUAGGAGUUUUUGCUGCAUUUUGCGACAGGAUAUUUCACACUCACACGGCUGUUUGACACUAUUCUUUGCUCCUACCGAGUCAGUAAAGGACCACAGACACCUGCAUCGUGAAAUGCCGAGUUUUUUUUUGGUUCCUAUUCAGUGUGCGUUAUCAAAUUCCAUUAAAGCGACACUCUUCCAGGAGUCCUUACUUCAUACUCGCAUCCAAUACCUCAGUUUGUCCUGCAGGGGCAUAAAUAAAUUGUUCCUGAAUGAUAGUGAAACUGCCGAACUGCAGUUAAAGUUAAAAAAUUGAAAGAGAAACACUUAAAUUGACCUGAAACUCCAGAGGAAACGUUGGAUAGCGCUGUGACGCAAUGAGGUUAAUCGAUCUAUGUGCUAUAUACACUUAUUUCACGCGUCGAGCAUUUUAAAAACGAAAGCGAGGCUGUGGUGGAAAGAGACCGGAAGUAUAGGAUCAGCACUGUAAACAUUGCAACAACAUGCUGUGGACUACAAACCUUCAGCUGUUGCUGCGAUUUCAAAAUGCAGAUGUGGUGUAAACAUCACUUUAAUAUCACUGAGUUAAGUUUAUUUAAACAAACAAAGCAUAUUAGGCACCAAAGAAAAUCAUAAUGUCUUUAGGAGUAAUACGUUUAACCUUAAGUGUCCUCCUAGACUUCAGUUCAUGGCACCAGGUAAACACCAUGAGAAAGCUUAUCUGCUUCAGUCUAUGUAACUUGGUGGGCGCUAAAACAUGUUGUCUUUUAAAGUGUUGUCCUGGAUCUGAAAUUUUAAAAACGUCCAUUUCCCCCCAACAUUUAAGUGCCGCUGAGCGAUUUAUUGGCUGUGAAGGUCAUCAGUUCACCACUCUUCACCGAGUGCAAACACAAAUGCAGGGACACUGGAGCAUUUUAAAGCCGCGAAGGUUUGCACUCAGUAAACAUUGGUGAAGUGCAGUAAACUGAUGACCUUUAAGGCCAAUCACAGUCAUUUCUGCUGAGCAAGUGAACACAAUGGCGAAUAAGCAUUCAACAGUGCUUAAAUGUUAGCAGGAAAUGUACUUUUUUUUAUUUAUUUCAGUAUCGUGACAAAUCUAAUGCUAAGUAAUCAUGUAGCACAAUCCGCGCGAAUGAGAUGGCCCGAUUUGCACGAAUGAAGCGACGUGAAUUGAGCGCUUUGCGCGAAUGACACGCUUAAUGCUCGUAAUCGCGCCACUUUAACCAAUCAGGAGCUUGCUCUUGUGGCAUGCUUAUGACGUAGCGCAAAUGAAUCAACGAUUUUGAGCUUUCAUACAGCACAUUAACACAGUAAUUUUCUUAAUAAAAACCAUGUUAGACAUUUAGCAAUGAAGCUACAGUCAUUGGGCAGACAGAAGCCCCGCAUAUGACGCAAAUCCGCAUCUAUUGUUCAGUGAAUUUGACGAGCGAAUGAAGCGUGUAAACUCAAUGUUCAUGCGUCUAUUUACGCGAAUAGCUCCAUUUAUCCAGGCGUAUCACGUCUGGUGUGAACAGCAUUAUAGGGUGAAAGAAUCAGUUCAUUAACAUUUCCCUUAACUAAGCUGAAAAUGAGGUCUGAUAUGCCUUUUUAUUUUCACUACGCAUUCAGAACGAACAUUCGAGUCACUCUGAAGGCUGUGAAAUGAUAAAUGUGUCACUUUCUCUUAGCUGAUAAGACAUACAGCCAGGUACACAACGUCCCUGUGUGACUCAGGCGAUACUUUCGGGUUUCUUCCCACCGCAGACUUGAUUUCGCUUUUAAAAUGGCUGCCGCAUGAAAUCGGUCUAUAACAUGUAAAUAGGGGUCAUGAAAGGAACAUUCAAAAAGCAACUCAUGUAAACAUCUUAAUUACAUUAAUGUCAUAUUCAGAUUAAGGCAAACAAUUCGACUUCUGGUGUCUAUGUAAAUGUAGUCAUUGAAUCAAAGUUAAUAACAUGUUUUUUUUUUUUCCUGAACUAUCCCAUUCAUAUGUGUCAUUGGAUGCUUUUGUGGCAUUAUUUUACUCAGUGCAGUAUGACUAAAAUAUUGUUCAAAGAGUUCUCUGAUCAUCAAGCUCUUAUAUAAUCAUUUAAGAAUACGAAAAUGAUAUUUCAGAUUUAAAUGGACCUCAUUUGUUGCAUUAUUCAAAUGUAAAAUUAGUUUAGUCUGUUUAUAGGAAAGCUUUGUCCAUAAAUGAAAAAUAUGUGUGAUUGUUGUCGUUUCAUAUACUAAAGUAAGUAUGUUUUUAGGAGUGUGAUUAAAUCAUACAUAUACA